GGGUGGGUGGCGAUGGAGUCUGCUGGGCCCGUCCUGCGGCUGGGGUCCGCCUUCAGGAGCUACGAGGAUUUCAGGCAGUGCUUCCGCGCCUACGAGCUGGCGCAGGGCUACAACUACGACCUACGGAGCUGCGUCUCUGUCCGCGGCUACAACCGGCAGCACGGCACGGCCGUCCGCAAGGAUAUCACGUUCAUGCAGGUGAAGUUUGGUUGUUCCUGGACCCAAACACACAGCACGAAGAAAAGGAAGGAGCCCAUCUCGUGCCCGGCUUAUUUUGAAUUGCAAUAUAAGGAGGACAUAGACCAGCUUGUGAUCAGUGAUCUGAACACUAACCAUGUCCACUCCGAGACGGUGCUUUCCCUGAACAGAGCUGCUGCUGCUGCGACAGCAAAACUGUGUGAGGAGCAGCAGUGGGGUGGGACCAACAGCGUUGCUGUGGCAGAUAAGGACUUGCAGACAGUCGCAGGACAACCGGUGGACGGGGUGACUGCUCCAGCAAAGAAAAAUGCCUCAGUGCUUGCCAGGCUGGCUGAGGUCAUGAAAACCUUCCUGAGGGUGGACGGGGGGUCACUGGCCUCGGCUAGCACAGACAGCAGCCACAGCCUGGACAGAUUCAGCUUCCAGACCAGCAAGAUGUACAACUCGUUUGUGAAGUUCCCCAAGAGCCUCCUGCUGCACAGAGUGCUGGACAGGGCGGGACACGUUCUCUACGCUUUCAUUGCAGAGACUAAGGAGCGAGUGGGGAAGGUGGUCCACUUGUCACUGCUGAAGGACGACGUGGGACCCAAGUUCCGGAGAGUGCUGACCGUCUUCAAGGAGUUCAACCCUGAGUGGAAAAAGGUGGAGGUUUUUUUUGUGGACAUGUCCUUCCGUCACAAAGGCAUCCUCAAAGCUUACUUUCCCUCUGCCCAGGUGCUCCCUUCUAUCUAUCACACAGUCCGACUGCUCAAGGAUGUGAAGGAAGAGAUGAUCUCCUCUUCCUUCAAGCAGAAGUUGAGGCUGGCCUUGCGGAAGGCUUUGUUUGCCCCUUCGGCUGCAAAUUGGCAUGCCCUGUCCAAGCUGGCGGAGAAGGUGGUCAGCCCGGUGGCGUACAAGUACCUGCAAACCGAGUGGUUCCCCUGCGAGCCGCUGUGGGACAUGCACACCGAGAGAGGCCUGCAGUUCUGCAGCACACACAUGGCCAGCCUGGACCUCAUCACGCUCCGAAUAUCCAACCUCUUCGGCCGGCAGCCGUCCUUUGAGGCGAGCGUCUUUCCUCUUAUGGAGCGUGCAGACUACCUUGAUUCCAAAGGCUGGGAAAGCCCGAGCUGGGGUUUCUUGAGCACCAAGGACCUUCAGAGCGGCCUCUGGGAGAAGUCCAAGGUGUGCACCGGUGCUGCAGCAGAACUGGGCCCCGUGUUCUGGGAGAACUGCCCAGCGCUGGGCUGCUGGCUGUGCCCGCAGGAGUGGGAGGUGGUGCGGAGGUCGGCCCCGGUGGUCAGCCCGGUGCUGGGUGGCCUCAGCGUUAGGCUGAAGGAAGAUGCCCAAGGGGUGAGCCAGAACUACCAGAGCUGCGCCUGCGGCUUCCACCGCCGCUACCGCCUCCCCUGCAGGCACGUCCUGGCCGUGCUGCAGUCGCACCGGAGGCCGGUGGAGGAAAGCAUGGUGUGCAGGCGCUGGCAGAGGAGCUACCGGCAGCUCCUGGUGCCCGGUGCCACCGACCCUCCGGGCUGCAGCGGGGGCUCGGUGGGUGGCCAGCUAGAGGACCAACAACUCCCAGUGCCUGGUGCUGCUGACCCUCCGGGCUGCAGCAGGGCCUCGGUGGGUGGCCAGCUAGAGGCCAGGGAGGAGAGAAUCCGGUCCCUCAGCCUCGAGCUGGUCAACCUGCUGAUGCAGUGCGACGGGGACGAGCUGGAGGAGCGCGGCUCAGCUCUAAUCACUGUCCUGGCCGCCUGGACCCGGUCACCGGGGGAAGCGGCCGGGAAUGAGCCGGUAUCCCCGCACUACUCCUGGUAACGGGGGGCACCGAGGUGUGCGAUGGCGGAG